AGGCGCGACGCCACGGUGCAUUGUGGGUUGCGCGGUGCAUUGUGGGGCGGGAGGAAGGUGGAGAAGCGCCUGCCUUGGGAGUCGGGCAGCCGCCAUCUUGUCUGAUCGCCGCUGGGCCUCGGGCCUGCUCCGGUAAAGGCGUCGCAGGAGAAGGCGAAUGCCCUUCCGGCUACGCUAAGGACCGCGAAGCCGGGCGAGGCGCUCGGGAUGGGCCGCUCCCGCUCGCGGAGCUCGUCCCACUCCAAGCGCGUCAAGAGCUCCAAGCACAACAAGAAGAACCGGAGCCGCUCGCGGUCCCAUUCCCGGGAGAAGGAGCGGGCCCGCAAGCGCUCCAAGUCGCGGGAGAGCAAGCGCAGCCGGCGGCGGGAGUCCCGCUCCAGAUCGCGCUCCAACACCGCCCCGUCCCGCCGAGACAGGGAACGGGAGCGGGACAGGGAACGCGAGCGCGCCUCCUCCCCGCCCGACCGCAUCGACAUCUUCGGCCGCACCGUCAGCAAGCGCAGCAGCCUCGACGAGAAACAGAAGCGGGAGGAGGAGGAAAAGAAAGCCGAGUUCGAGAGGCAGCGGAAAAUUCGGCAGCAAGAAAUAGAAGAGAAGCUUAUCGAGGAAGAGACAGCCCGAAGAGUGGAAGAACUUGUGGCCAAAAGAGUGGAAGAAGAACUAGAGAAACGGAAAGAUGAAAUUGAGCGGGAAGUUCUUCGCAGGGUUGAGGAGGCUAAGCGCAUCAUGGAAAAACAGUUGCUCGAAGAACUCGAGCGACAGAGACAAGCUGAACUUGCGGCACAAAAGGCUAGAGAGGAGGAAGAGCGUGCAAAGCGUGAGGAGCUAGAGCGAAUACUAGAAGAGAACAAUCGAAAAAUCGCAGAAGCACAAGCUAAAUUGGCUGAAGAACAGUUGAAAAUCGUUGAAGAACAAAGAAAAAUUCAUGAGGAGAGGAUGAAACUAGAGCAAGAGAGACAACGUCAGCAAAAGGAAGAGCAAAAAAUUAUCCUGGGCAAGGGAAAGUCUAGGCCAAAACUGUCAUUCUCACUAAAGAGUCAGGAUUAAAUUUCAGCUCCGAACUCUUAAUGGAAAAUGAAACAAACUUUGUAUAGUAGCUUCAUGUUGAAGUGUUUUUUUUAUUUUUCUUUUGUGAUUUUUUUUUCUUUUUGGACGUCUGAAAAGUUAGCUUGUUCUAAUAGGGGCUGUGCUCUGCAUCUCUCUUUUUACUUCCAUUUGAGUUAAAUCCUUAUCAGAUCAUUGUCUUUUUUUUUUAAAAAAAAGAGUAAAUCUAUUCUCAUCCACUUUGUUUCUGAGGUAAAGUGACUUGAAGCAGGUCGGGUCGCUUCAUCAAUUAUGUAUGGUCUGAUAAGGUUUUUACUGACCCACCGAUCUCAGAGUUAUACUCUGACAUUAACUUUUAAUGCUGGUUCUGCUGGCUUUUAAAAGAAAGUUUGGCAAAGGUAUUGGCAGAUUUCCACGGUGUACUUGGAUCCUCAGUGGUUUGUUAUUUUGGUGUCCUAUGAUACUAUCCCACUGUUGUGCUUGAUGUUCCCGAUAACAGGUAAGGAAAAAGUUGGUCAGUGUUGCUGGAGGUGUGUAAAGGGAGUUCAGUAUUUGUCUUUACUAGAAUUGUUUUUAUUCCACUGAUGAGAGUCAACCAGCAUUCCCAAUUGUGUAAAUAAUCCGAUUUGCCGAAUAAAGUGAAGUCUUAAAUUCA